CAGAAAUGAAAAUUAAGGAUAUAAAAUAUCAGAAUCAAUAAAAGACAUCAAAGAAAUGCAAUAUUGGUACGGACCUCAUCAGGUUAUCUAAUCCUUUUUUGUAUCUUAGGAGUCCUACAAUGGUUCAACACAUUUGAUUUUUUAAUUUUUCCUAAACAACUUCUGUGAAAGUUUUUUUUGUCUAAUAGCUGCUCCAUCAUUUCCCUUAGUGGCUAAUGAAGAUUUCUUUCCCCAUUUUUAUCAGGCUUUCUCUUCCUCAUUAAGCCAAAUGCCUGUGUUUUUCCAGAUGGAACUCCCCCACUCCACCCCGUUCUUUGAUUGCAUCCUCUCAUUUAUUAAAAAAAUUUUGGCCUGUCCUCUUCUCACCAGCUACUUACUAAUUAAACAAAGCCAGUUCUUUAAAGUCCUCCUUAGAACCUUCCUUUUUGUAAAUGCAUCCUUUCUAUUUUUUUUUUUUUGUCCUGGACUUACUUUCCUUCUUAAACCACCAUGUCUAAAAAUAAGCAGUGUCCAAACUCUGACUUCAGCACUGCUAAAUAGAGCAGAAUAAUUAUGUCCUGUGAGGUGCAUGUAACACACCUGUUAUUCCUCUGCAGGAUUAAAUUUGUCUGGUUUUGCUCUUUUGAAUCCUCAUUCUCAAGCGUGAUCCCUUAUUUGGGAUUCAGUGUAGCUACAGAUCCCUUUCAGCGAGAUCUUGUGUGUGGCUGGCACAUUUCUGGCACCCCAUUAAUCAGCAGGUUGUAAGAUGUCCCAAGAGUAAGGAUCACACUGUAACCAAGGCAUCCAUAAGUGUGGGAAGAGAGAGAUCCUUUAGCAGCUUUGCUGGAAAGCUUUUUGCUUUUUCUGCCUUUUUUAUCUUUAUUUUUUCCUCCUAGUAUUGGAUUUUCUCUGGGAUACCUGUCGCAUCAAGCAAGAAUUUCUCAUCAUUUCCUCUUUAGUAAAUUCAGUUGCUUAACACUGGUGCUGUACUUUUAAUGGAAUGCUUAUAGCUGGUUCUUUUUGUCAAACUUACUUGUAACCCUCUAUUUGUACUGCAAAGAAGGCUCUAGAAAUUUAAUUUUUAGGGGCACUGUACUAAAUCAGUUGAUGGUAAAAUAAUCAGCUCAAUAUUCACAAACAAUCAAAAAGGGGUAGGUUUCUUUCCCAGCACAGAAGCAAACUAUAAUGAUGCAUUUUACUGACAUUACUAGGCUCAUGCUUAUGGUUAAGGUAACUAGGAAGCUCCUUGCCAAACACUGUUGCAGCUGCUUGGAUGAAGGUCUCAAAGAUGUCAGAGAAAAAUCCUGUUGGGGUUUUAAAGUACAGAAAUGGACUUUAAUGAGUUGUUUCCCAGGAGAACUGCUGGCAGGAGAUAAUGGCAGAUCCUUCAGUGGUGGACCACCUGACACGACUGAAACUCAAACUCCUAGAAAAGAGACUAGAAAAUGAACAGGAGAACCUAGAGAAGAUGGAGAUGUCUCUCCCAGCAGCAAGGAACAGACCUCAGGACAUGCUCCAAAGUGCCCUGAGGCAAAGGAAAGAUCUGCUGCAGGAGCUUAGGGAGCAGCACCUUCUGGAAGAGCUUUCACAGCCACCUGCACCAGCUGGGGGACACUGCCAUGACCACAGAGCUGCCCUCCCACAAGUCUACCAGAUCCCUUUUCCAGCUUCCCAAGUAGAGCCACCAAGGAUUAUCCAGCAGGCAAUGCCAACUCAGCCUGCCACCAUCAUCCAGCAGUUGCCCCAGCCAUCCCCUCUGGUCACACAGGUUCUGCCAGCCCAGCCCUCUGCAGCCCCCAGCCCUGGGAGCAUUAAAGAAGAUAUGGUGGAGAUGAUGCUGAUCCAGAAUGCUCAGAUGCACCAGAUCAUGAUGCAAAACAUGAUGCUGAAGGCUCUGCCACCAACGGUGCUCACACAGCUUGGGGGGGCCAGCUCUGCCCUGCCCCAGCACACGCAGCAGGACCUGCAGCUCGCUGCUCCCCUGGCCAUGAAAGCAGACAGGCCCAAGCCACCUGUGGUGCACCACCACCACCAUUACCCUCCCACAGAGGUGUUCCCAGUGACCCCCAGAGGUUUCCUGUCCACAUCCCCAGCCCAGCACUGGACUGCAAGCUCUGCCCAGCCUAUGUGGCCCACAUACUGACAGUACAGGAUCCUCUGCAAGUGGACCAUAGCCUUUCUAAAAACAAUAAAGUCCUGAUGUUCUUCCUCA